AUGGUAUCUCAGAUAGUUGCUUGGCCGCCAGAGGCAAUGGCUGUCAUAGAUGAUUUGUCCAGAAAGUGUCUCUUCCAAAGGAAAUUGAUAAUUCAGAUUUCUGACAAGCACGCUGCGGAAAGGGAGCUUUUCGUGGAGAAGUUUAGGCAGUACAGGGAGCAGGUUGAAGAGUACAUCAAAAAGUUGCAGACUUCUUACGCUGAAACUCUUAUCGAUUUGAUUUCAAAUAGAGAAAACAUUUUAUCGCAGCUGCAAUGUGAUGACGAGACCGAUCCACAACGGAAUCAAACAUCAGAACAGCAGCCAUCUCUCCUUCUAGAGGAUGAUCAUCAGGCAGCAAACUCGAGCUCCUACAGGCAACUAUUAGCUAAGUUGCGUGCUGAGCUAGACCCAAGUGUUUCCAAGGAUGUGGAUCUCUCCUCAUCCGUAGAUGUUGUUGGCUCGUUGGCUUUACAGCAGCACUUGGACACACCACUCUCCAAGCUCCAAGAACAGUUUGUGACAUCGCUUCUACAGCAUGAUUUUAAUGAUCAGGUUCGGUGCAUUGCUGAAGAAUACCGCCUGUUGCUACGUGAGUCUACGGAAAAGUACACAGAGGCAAAGCUCUCUUUAGAACAAGUCCAACUUGCGUUAAGAGCAAAGGAAUCCGAAAACACUGUUCUCCGCGCUAAGCUAAAAAAGUACAUUAUGAUGGACGGAGGUCUAAGGAAGAUUGGCAACGAGGUGGUCAAUUUCAACUCCAUCGUCUCAAACGCCCUUUCCGGCGCUCCAAUACGAACCUCAAUUAGCACAGAAAAGAAGAACUCCUCCAAGUCGCGCAUUACAAGAAGAUCAGUUUCCUUAGCUGCUAUGGGGCGGUCUGCAACGGUGGGCUCCCUGCGGUUUUCUGACCCUGAUAUCAUUCUCUCUCAUGCCACGAUGAUAGCAGAAAAGUGCGAUAAUGGACUAGAUGGAAGGACACUAGAUGAGCCUAUGGGUCCUAAGCCCGAGUACCACUUUCGAAAGACGCGACACAGGAAGCUUAUAGAGCACCCGGAUAGUCAGGAAUUCCGAGGAACACCUAUUGCUCCAACUAAUAGUAUAGUAAUCAAUGUGCCAUGUUCUUCGGCCACCCAAUUAGAUAUGACAGCAGAACUCCGGAGAAGCGUAGAGCACAAUGCCCCUUGUAGCCUCUCUGCUACCGAUUAUUCACAGGCAAAUGCAAAUACGACAGUAGUUAGAUGUACGCUAUCCGAUGCUCACUCGGGAAUCAUGCUUGAAGACCUUCAAUCACUCACCGACGCAGAGAGAGAUACAGCUUCUCUCAGAUUAGCAACAGUUGCGGUGGGUGAUGAGAUUCCCUACCAGAGUAUCUCAAUCACUACAACCCAUGAUUUUGAGAUUCGUGGGGAGCAAGUUGUACUGACACAAUAUAAUGAUCCUCUUUUAACUUGUCCUAACCCAGAUCUCAAGUCGUCUAUGGACAGCCUUUCCAGCUUGUCCACGUGUCCCGAAAAUAGUCAGUCAAUCUUCCAGUCUAUCGGAGACACCCUUAAGUCUCUCUUAGUUAGGGCAGACUCCACAUCCAAGACACCCAAAUCUUAUCCAGUCCGCUCUACCAUAGAUUCCUGCGAGACUGCCAAAGAAACUGACGACAAGCUCACUGACUUCUGUACCGCACAAAUCUCGUUAGCGGACGCAAAGGCUCAACGACUACGCAUGUAUCAUCUGAUGCGAUCUGCUGUCAAUAAACAGACCUCUGCCGAUGAGGAUGUUCUCUCUCAAUCGGCAGUAAAGCUACUCAAAGACUUUUCUGCACCACCUAACUUUUCUGUGGAGAUACCUAAACCAUGCGCAUCCAAUACCAAUAACUUGCAAACAGGCCUUUUAUUGCAGGUAGAUAAGUGCGCACUAAAGGUAGAAAAUGAAGCUGGGGAAAUAGAAACGCAGGUGUUCUACGACAAAAAGAUUCAUACAUCAGUGCUACCAUUUUUGAUGUCAACCAAUAUUACGCACCGGCAAUUGAUCGAAAGACUUAGUCUUCUCGAAAAACGACGCAAAGAGCAUGAUAGCGAGCUUGUUAAUUCACAUGCCCUUAUGAGCGCCGCAAUAGCAGAGCGCAGAGAGGCCGUUUUGGGAAAAGAACGCCUUGAACGCCAGAUGCUUGCAGUCAUCAAGGAACGUGACGUUCUCAUGCAGAGCUAUGAAAACCGAUUGAACAGCCUGCAAUUCAACCUUAAGGACUCUACUGAGCGUGCUACCGUACUCCACCGGGAAUGCGCCGAACUAGGUGCCAAUCUCCAAGCAGAAAAGGAACGAUAUUUUCUUCUAGAGGAGAAGUACGAUAGGCUGGCCACCACAGUGCGAGAAGAUGUCUUAAGCGAAAUGAAGCAAAUCGAGAACGCAACCAUUGGUCGCUUACAAGCAGAUAUUGUGUUCUAUAAAGACAAUCUUCAAUUGUCGGAAGCACGAAUCAUUGAGUUAGCAAGGAUAAACACUCGCCUGGAGCAGACAAAUAGUGAGCUCAAGGUGGAUGUACUUAAGCAGACCUUGCACAAGGACCAGCUGAAGCAAAGGCUGCGUGACGAGCUGAUUAUUGAAUAUGGUAGGCGCAUACACACUCUCGAGGAACAAAUUGAGCAAGAUGAGAAAAGAUACAACGAAAAACUGAAGGAGGUCGGAGAACUUACAGAUGCCAUUUACAGAUUGAGGGCUGACCUGGACUUCCUAACUGAAGAGAACGCACACAUGCAUGUCAGUAUGCAUUCUCUUAGCACAGAAAUGGCUGACAUGGUUCAAAAGCAUCAUACAAGUGAGUCUGAUAGAAGGGCUCUUUAUGUAAAAUAUUCUAAUCUGCAGCAAGAGGCCACUGCCCUAAGAACAGAGAGAGAUGCAUUAGCAACAGAGCUCACAACAGUAACAACCACGCGCGAGGAACAGACAGCCGCGCUUCAACAGAUAAUAGAUGCAUAUCGAGUUAAGUAUCUUUUGGCCUUAAAGCGCACGACUUCUUCUGGUAAAGACGCAGAUUCGUUGUGUCUUAUGGUAGAAAAGGUGCACAACCACGCUAAUUCCGUGUUAUUAGAAAAUGCUAAGGAGCUGGAAGAACUCAAUGACUAUUCUUCUAGGCUCAAAGAGCUUCAGAAUGAUACUAGGCAACAGAGUAGGUGCUCUUAUGAUAGCUUCUCAUUUUCUCGCGACAAUAGAUCUGCCUCAGGCCUGUUUUGCAACAAGCAUGUCACAAUUAAUCUGGACCAACUGACGGAAAUAAAGGAAACACCUCUUUCUAGAAAGGUGUUCAAAAGCGAAAAUUUAAAUGGAAGCGAUGUGGAGGAUGUAUUUCAAUCUCCAGAUGGGAGUACAAUAUCUGAUGUGUCUACCUUAUGUGACAAGGACCUUUCCAUUGGUACUAGUAAGCAAGAUGUUAGCGCACACCAAGCACUCCUUCAACACAGGCGCAGAAAAAGCGUGACUGUCAACAGCGGCAUUGUAGUCACCAACCAAACUAUCGGCUUAACGUACUCUGGUCUUAAGGUUGAGUCUGCCGUAGGCGUGUCCGGUGUUGCAGCACUAGGAGUUGCAGUACAAACAGAGGCACAGAGCCUUCUAGUCACUCGAGGCGUUAAUUGUCGUGUUGAAAAUUCUAUGGAAACAAUAGGAAUUCAAGUUGCAUUGCCCUUAGUUUCCGUGUUAAGUGACUCUGACCUUCUGGCGGAAGCGUAUGAUCAAGUCGAGAGGCUACGCAUGGAGAAGCGGGUGGAGGCAGAUUCUCACGGUGCAGUCAUGAAGACUGCGCGUGACCGAAUGCAGUCUUUAGAAACAGAGCUACUCUCUCAGGUUCAUACUAAGGAGACCCUUGCAGCUACAGUAGCAGAUUUAAAGCAGCAGCUUGACACACUGAACAGAGAAUAUUCUAGCUACCGGCAGCAACACGAAUCAGCUUCGAUGUUUGCCUUGCAAACAUCUCCUUCUGGUGCUGCACAGACAGUAUCCAUAGCGAUGAUUGAGAAACUCUCACACGACAUCAUUGACGCCAUUGCCAAUCAAGAGCAAGAAUUACUGCGUAAGAUCUCUCUGCUUAGUAAUCAUCUUUCUUCACUCCUGGAUUCCAGAAUAGCUAAUAUUACAAUAUCGGCAGGUGUCCUCAAUUCACCUCAACUCCAAGGUGCAAUGCUAGAUAGUCCCAGGACAUCUACUUUAGCAGAACCUCUAUCGAAUAAAGCCACUGAAACUAGCAUAUUCAUCGUAGCUGCACGUGUAUCUUGUGGAACCCAGACUACGCUAUAUUCCAAUGUGGUGUCAGACAACUCUAACUGCAAGAAGAUAGAAGAGUGUGGCUUGACUCGAUUAGCUCCUCCCAGUACAGCAGACCCUCAAAUUGAUGUGCAUGCGUCUCAGCUAGAUAUAAAUUACGAGCUAUUCGACUCAGCUACAGAUUUACCUGCUUCAGAAGGUUCAGGGAAUGGUUGCAAUAUCUUGCUGUCCUUCGAUGCAGAUCAGCGAGCGCCUAUUCCAAAUCAUGAAUGUCCUCUAAAGGGAAUGGACCCCCCUGCAAAUACCCUUCUCUCGACAAUCACAGAUACAAAUGAGGAUGAUUCUGCCGCAUUUGUUAAGCCUCGCAUCCACGAGCAAGACCUAUCUGCAAAAUCUCCAGGUGCUCCUGCAGCAGUCACAUUCGUGCAUCGAGCUGGCGAACUUUCGCAUCUAAUGACAAACUGGGCAAAUGAAGAACAGGAUACUCUAAGAGAUCAAGAGCAUGAUACAAUCUCCACUACUUCUAGGUGUACACUACCAUCUCAGUCCUUCUUUGAUGGUUCAGUUAGACAAUAUGAAGCCGAUUCUAAUUACCCUACAAGCAACGAUCCACCCUGUUUGCUGGGCAGUGUCCUGCACACAUCUGUUCCGCAAGAUAACCAUUCGCUGUACUCCUCGCAAUCAAGUAGCUCCUCUGUAAUGCAGUUUUCUUUCAAGACAGAAGAGCUCCUAGUGGCAACAACUAACUUAGAUGAAGAUCCGGUCGAGGCAAGACAACAUUCUAUUGAAGAGUACUAUUACGCCAACGAGUCAAGGUUCAAUCAUGCGCUAGUGAAGAUCAAUGCUACCAACCACGCUCACACUGACCUUGCUACGUCUAAUACGCGCUGCAAAGCGGUGGUAACGAUUGAUAUAGAACUUAACAUGUUACGAUUAGCGUGUAGCGGAGACCUAAUUUUGCCUGAGUCACAUGACGACUUCUGUAUUGAAAAUGAUGAGCUUUCACCGAUAGCUCUUUUAGAAUCUCUCGGCAUCUUUGAACAAGAGAACAUUUGCAAAUAUUGCGGAGCGUAUAAGGACCUGGAUCGAUAUUCUUCCAUGAACAUAGAAAGAUAUGCGGUUGCUAUGCAACAAGCUCAUGAACGCAAAGAGACUGAAGUGCUAUCUCUGCCUGAAAAACCCAACUACGUCGAUGCCUUAGAGGAGUUGGAGACUUUCAGCAACGAGCAGAAGAUUGGAAUGAAACUUCAGCCGAUUUCGGCACCACAAAAUCCUAUUCUUCUCGAUAAGUAUGCACACUAUCCCCUGAUGACCUCGUCGCUGCUUCUCAAGCGUCAUCUAUGCAAUGAAAAAGGAGGCGUUCCCGGCAAGCGCCUAUGUAUUGGCUGCCCUAUCAUUACCACUAACAAGGUUGAGUACAUUGACUCUUUAAACGCAUAUGCAUUCGCCCAUGACUAUGAGCGGGAACGUGAUAAGUUAACUCUUGAAGAUUGGUAUUGCUCAUCAAUUCGCCGAGAGCAGUUACAUCAAGAGAUUUUGUCCAAGUAUGAUAACCUUCCCAUUCCUAGGCGCGAUUCUGCCGCUGGGCUGAUGCCAAGCAAAGGUCUUGCUUACGCUGACAUACCAUAUUCUGCCAGCAAACUUCAAGUAGCCACGAUCAUCGAGGUCCUCCACCAACGCCUAGACGAGUUACAGCGGCUAAAUGGAAUCCUCUUGUUUGAUAAUAAAGCAUUGCAGGUCAAGCUUUGCGAGGACGAGAAGAUGCUUUCAAUCAUUUUUGGCCGUAGCUAUAACGGAACAAUUACUUCUGCCGAUAUAUUGCUUGGUCGUCCAGCAGAUACUACCGGAUACACAAGGGAAGAUUUCGAGCGAUAUCGCCUUGUCCUGAGAGAGACGCUGCACCGUCAGGCUCGCCCAAAGACGGCAGGAACUAUCUCAGAGAUUAAGAAAUCGAUAAAGAGGCCUAUUAGUGCAUAUCCCUCAGGCUCAUCUUCAGUGUUGCAGAAAGAACUCAGUACCCAUUAUGGGCUGUCCGUCACCGAUAGCGCUGUGCACACAGUCAGGGACCUUGUGGAAAUGAGACGGCCUACCUCACUGAGCUCUCCAGUCCGAGAUGCUAUGAGUUUUUCCCAUCGAAUCGCGCCCAUUUCACACCACCCCGCUCAUCAGCGUUCUUUUGCGAUUCUUCGAAGACCCUGUGACACACCUAUCGAUAAGGACACUCCAUCCACCCAUGUCUCCAAGACUUCAAAGUUAACAAUUGUAAGUACUUUGCCGACAAUCUCGAGAGAAGCAGUAGCAUUAGAUCCUCCACCAAUUUAUGAGGAUGGUCUAAUAUCAAGGGUAUCGCAUGCUUUUACUAGACGUCCCUCACCGUCUAGAGGUUGUUCUACCUCCAUACAGAAUAUCCCACCUAUAAAGCCACCUUCUAACCAUCAGACUCCAAGGCGAAGCAGAUCGAAACCAGUCGCCUCUCUGUCCAUAUACUAUCGUGAUCUUUCUCCCUCCACUAGCGGUCCCGUUGACAAGCAAUAUAGAUCCUAUGUCUCUCCUGUAGAUUAG